AUGGCCAAAGAAGGAGAAAUCGAGGAUGCUGUCAAUCAACCAGCAGAUUUAUUAAUCCGUGCAGAGGCAGCGCUGAGGCGGAUAGAGGAUGAGGCAGACAACGCAGAAGUGACGCAGGAUUCCCGAAGGGAACUCGUCUCCACUGUCCUUCUCUCCGCCAUCCAGGCUGCAGAAGAUGGUAGUGAGGAACACCUUACGAAGCUUGAACAAGCAAUCGAGGGUGCUCAGAAGAUGGGAAUUCAUGCGGAGUUGAGGGUCAGUGGGCGGCGCUUGCUAGCCAAAUGGAGACAGCCCGACCGCAGAGCUCAGAGUGCUGAAGCCGAAGUUGCCCGGUUGAGCCGGCAGCUUUCUGAGCUCACCUUCCAGCUGCGUACCUGCUUGGACGGAAGCUUGGGACAACUGAGCCGGCAAUCAACUUCCACUACGAGUUCAACCGAGGCUUCAUUGCAGGAGGCGAGCUUUCGUCAACGGCAGGACACCUGCCUGAAGCAGCUCUCGCGAGCGAUUUCAGAGGCUGAGCUCGCUGGUGUGCAGCCUGCUGCAACAGAAGAUGCGAAAGCACUGGUGGAGAGUGUGAAGGAGCAAAGAAAGGCUGAAAGAGACGCAGCCAAGAAGCUUGAAGGUUUGAUGUCAAUAAGCGACGCGAGUCAGCUGAAAGAGAUCUUGGAGCAGAAGGAGCUUAUAGUUUGUGGAUCAGAAGUGCGACGCGUGCUUGGAAAUGUGGCAGACCAUGUGGUCAGGCAAGCAGAAAAGGAACAGCGACAAUCAUGGUUGCUGCAAGAGUUGGCAGCUGCGGGUGAAAAUCAAGAUGCAGCCCAGCUGCGGAGAUUGAUGACUCAGGCGUCAUCGCUCGACCUCGCAGUCCCUCCGUCCGUCCUAGCUUUGGUGGACGAGCUAGAGGCAGGAGAUAGCCUGAACAAAGCCUUCGCCAGCACAUCAACUGUUCGCACAGAGAAGAGCGAAAAGAGCUAUGCGGAUGUGUCUGAGAAGCUUGCUGCAAGUCAAGCGCGCCAGAGCAAACUUCUUCGAAGAGCAAUAGAGAAAGCUGAGCAGCAUCCAGAUAGCAGGAUUCUUGAUGCAGCUCAGAAGGCUCUGGCUGAAGCGAAGCAAACCCGGGUGCCGUUUGAUGAUAUUACCGCUUUUGAGCGGCGGCUUGUGAACUUGGAGAAUAUCCACAGACCUCGUUUGAAGGUUGAAGAAGGGCUGCAGAAACUCAUGUUGCAAGUCGAGGAGGUUAGCAUUGGUGCAGUGGCCGAUAAUGUUCUCAAGGACAUUGUCCAGGUGCAUCACUUAGCUCGACUCUUGGCAGAUGGUCAGCGCUUUGGAGCAGACGAGGACCUGCUCGAAGAGGCAGACGAACUGCAUGAGAGGAGUGUGGAGGUAUUGCAGCUUCGCCGAGCCGCCGCGGAUGAAUUACAAUCAGCAUUGUCGAGGCGAUGCCAAACAGAGGCUGACUUGGAGAGACUCCAAGCAGCGGUAGAGGAAUGCAAGAGGCUUGGCCUCAACAUACACACGGCCGAGCGGCAAGUUCUGCGGCUCAAGGAGUUGCAGGUGAAUCGAGAAUCUACGCAAGCUGAACUUCAGGAAGCCUCGAGAGGAGUCGGUGUUCAGGGUCGCUUGCGCCUAGAGACCGCUGUUCGCGCAGCAAAGAGCGCUGGAGUUUCUGCUGAGAAACUUCGGGCAGCAAGCCAGAAGCUAGCAGAACUUCGGGAGCAUGAGCAACGCUGUGAGGUGCUGGCCGGGGAGGUGCAAAGAGCACUUCCCGUCCUUCAAAAGCAUCCGUGGCGAUACCAACAGCUCCUAGAGGCCGCCGGCGCGCUGAAGCCAUGGACAUCGAAGUUGGAGCGGUUAAUUGCACAGGGCAAGGAGAUACUGGACAAGAGGGAAAAGGACAACGCCCGCCGAAGAGAAGUGCGGUCGCAGCUCAUCGCUCAGCUGAAGAGAAUUGAGGAAUGCCGAGCAAGUGGCAAGUCCACCCACGAUCUAUUGGUCCCGCUCAAGGAGAUCUUGAGCAAAGCCGAAAGUGCCGGGCUCCAGCACGACAGCAUCCAGAAAGGAAAGCUUUUGUUGCAAAAUGCCAGAAGAGAGGCCUGUCAGAGAAGUGUGGCGGAGCACAGGCUACAGUUGGCAUUGAAUGCAAGAGACCAUGCGGAGAUUGAGCGAUCUAUGCGACAGGUCAGGGCGCUUGGGCAAGUUGGUCUGACAGACCGUCCCAGCGGCUCAAGGUCUGUUGCAAGAGGUGAUCGGGAGUCUUCUGGCCUCAUGGAGCAAGCUAGCUCUGUACUCCGAAAUCUUACAGAAGCGGAAGCACGACGACAGGCUGCUGCAGCCACGUUGCAAGAGCGGAUCAAUGCUGAAGAAGGUCUUCCAGCGUUGCCCAACACACCCAGGAGCAACGGGGCCGGACAGUCUGAAGAUGUAGAUGAGGGCUCAAAGAAUUGGCUGCGCAGUGCUCGAAGUGCAAUCCAAGAGGCGAAGCAAUGUGGCGUUGCUUCCACACUAAUUGAACAGGCAAAGCUGAAGCUUCGGCUGAAGCGUCGUGAGCGUCAAGACCAGGCGGAGGCUUGCAAGUCUUUGCAGAAGGUCCUGUCCAAGAAGGAGGUGCCAAAGCAGGUCCUCCUUGCCAACAUGACACGGGUUCCGCACUUGAGUUUAGGUUCAGCGGUUGCAGGCAGUGAAGGAUUGAGAGCAAAUGAUUGGUCGGUGCAGGCUAGCCUUUUGCUAGUAUGCCAUGACAUCAGGUUUGGCUGGAUUCAGCCAGAUGAGUUACUGGACCAUCCAGAAGCUUUUAAGAACAACUGGAGGAUCUAUGUCAAUGUCCUGGAUGUGAAGAGCGGUGUUCUGUACAGCGGGGCAAGAGUGUCAUUCUUCGUCUACAGUGAUGGCAAAGGUCUCGGUGCUGAAGAUGUAAUACUGGAGGGCAAGAAGCCAGCCAUGUCAGGGAAGGGUGCUUGGGCACCGCCUCCACGAGGUCAGUUUCCUACGAAAUUCCACAUCCAACGAAGCAUCAACAAGGAAGGCACUGUUCGAAUCUCUGCCCUAAGAGGUGGCAAGAAGGGCGGCAAAGCAAAGGGCAAGGGAGUGCAGCCACGGCAAAUUGGAGCUGACAGUACAUUUGUUUGCGCCGAUCAACAGGGUCCUGACCGACAGAAGCAGACUGAGUCAGGGGACUUGUCGGUUCUAUCCUGUGCUUCCUCAGAAAUGAGGGGCUGGAGGCCAGCAAUGGAGGAUGCGGCGUGCGUCACUCUGCUUCAGCACCCUCUUGAAAAUUACGCGCUGUUCGGGGUUUUUGAUGGCCACGGCGGGUCCGUGGUAUCCAGAUAUGCAGCGAGAGAAUUGCCAAAGAGACUCCAGUCUUGUGCUCUUGAAUCGAUGCUCGAUACGCAAGAUGCACAAAACUUUCCAGAAACUGUCAUUCGCAAUGCACUUGUCACUUUGGAUGAGGGCUUGCGACGUGAUGGAGAGGGCGAGCCUGGCUUUCUACAUGUUGCAGGUGGUGGCAAGCCCAUUGAGAGCUCAGUAAGGAACGCUUUCGGGCUGAUGGGCAGCACUGCUGUGGUGGCCAUGGUGGAAUGUGACGGUCCACCAGAAAGCUCAAAGCCGCUGCAGGUGACUGUGGCUAAUCUGGGAGACUCACGGGCGAUCGUUUGCAGAGCUGGCGUUGCGCUGCCAUUGUCAGAUGACCACAAGCCUGAUUUGCCAACCGAACGAGCUCGAAUAGAGAAUGCUGGAGGAUCUGUUGGAGCUGUUGGACCUUGUUACCGUAUUGAUGGAUGGGGAUUGAACCUGUCACGAGCGCUUGGAGACUUUCACUACAAAGCACGUGAGGACCUUCUAGCGAGUGAGCAGAAGGUUUCGGCAGAACCAGAUGUCAAGGUACUUCAGGUGACUCCGGAGGACGAAUUUCUUUUUCUUGGUUGUGAUGGAAUUUUCGAAUUGAAUUCCAACCAGGAUGUUGUGGACCUUAUUCGCACUGGAUUACACCAGUGCAGGAGUCUCCAGCAGAUUGUGGAGGACCUGGUCGACGGCACAGGGCAGAUUUGUGGAGCCGGAGGUGACAAUGCCCCCGGCUUGCAGUUAGGAAUGGACUUACCAGAAUUCGUUCACAAUUUGUCCAAUGCGCAAAUUUUCAUGGCGUUGACUGGACCAGUCCCAACAGGCUUCACCAUCCAAGAGAGGUUUGUGACGCAGCCAGUGCAGCUGCAGAAGGACUUCACACAAGGAAAAAGCCUGCAAGUUUUUGCCGAGAGGUACUCAAAGACUGGAGAAGCAAAGACCUUCAGAUCAGGUCUUGGGACAGCUGUUGCGGGCGGCAGCGCUUUGGCUUUGCUUCUCAGGCACGGGCGCCACAGAUCCACGAAAUCCCGGCGGAACCAUGUCAUUCGCCUGGCUGCGCCUCAAAACAUUGCUGCCAAGCCUGAAAAGGAGAUGAAGUCAACCGAGUCAACGGAGUCAACGGAGGAUGCUUUCCCUCAAAUUCCCAUGCCAGUGGUGGCAGGCGCUUUGGCUACACUGGCAGUUGUUGCCUCAAAUCCAGCAAUGGCUCAAGAGGUAGCCGACGCUGCGGCCGAUGUCGCAAGUGCAGCAGAAGAUGUAGAGGAGGUUGUUGGUGACGUCGCACAGGGCAGUGGAGACUGGUUCGAGCCCCUCAUCCAAUUCAAUGCUGGCAUCAUUGCUGGAAUUGAUGGUGUCAUCGAAGACCAACUCCACAUCCCUAACAGCUUUGGCUUUGCCAUCAUCGGCUACACUCUCCUCAUCAAGGUCGAUCAAGUUCAGCGCAAAUACAAGAAUGAUCAGGACAGUGCGCAGAUGCACACGGUGAAAUAUCGUUAUCGCAUGCGUGAUCACCGUGAUGGAGCAUUCUGGAUAAUUACUCCGGACAUUAUGAUCGACUUUGCCCAAAUUUGCAUCACGAACUACCGUAAGUGUAUUCCAUCCUUGGCGCAGUUCCCAAUCUUCAUUGCGCUUUACCGAUCCAUCCUGAAGUUGUCGCAGAUCAAUCCAAAAUUUCAGGAGCCGUUUCUUUGGAUUCCAAGCCUGGCUGGACCUUCUGCUGGCGGCCCGAGCUUGGACUGGCUCAUCAAGUCCCAGUCAGAGACCGAAUUCAUUCCGCUAAUUGGAUGGGAUGAGGCUGCACGCUACUGCGUCCUCCCUGUCCUCCUGAUCGGCAGCCAGAUCAUCACCCAAAAGGUCAGCCAACCAGAUGUUGGCAAUCAGGGUGGCCCAGCUGCGAUCAUCUCCAACAUUGUCCCACUGGUCAUUGGAUACACGGGCCUUGUUAGCCCUGCCGGCUUGGGAGUUUACUGGUUGUGCAAUAACCUUGUGACGCAAGCCCAGACGUAUCUUAUUCGAAGCCAGCUUGGGGAGGAGUUUCCCGAAUACAAAAAGUACCUUGAUGGCUCUGCUCAGCGAGAAGAGGAGGAGGCUAAGAAGGCCAAGGAGGAGGCCGGGCUUUGGGCCAAAGCCUCUACAGAUACGACAGAUAUUCAAAAGCCCAAGGGCCCAAGGCAUGGAGUCUUAGAAUAA